CUCCCCCAGCGCUCGAUGCAGGCUCAGGACCAGCUCCUGGCUCAGCAGCUGCUGCGGCUGCGGGCGCGGCUGCAGCGGCUCCGGGUGGAGCAGGCGUGCCACCGGCACAAGGAGAUGUUGGACGACGCCGCCUUCGGCCUCGAGAGCUGCGAGGAAGACUCGGAGCUGCUGUGCACCAUCCCCGCCCGGGCCGCCUUCCUGCUCUCCACGCCGCUCAAACACAUCGGCCUCACCCGCAUGAACAUCAACUCCCGCCGCUUCUCGCUCUGCUGAGCCGCCCCUGGAUCCUCAAAAAAUCCCCAAAAUAAAAUCCYCAAAUCCCUCGGGACUCGGGGCUCGAACCGCGGUGGAACAGGGAGAUGUCACCGGGGUGUU